AUGGAAGAUAAACCGCUCCUUCAAAAACCUAAUUGCUCCUCUGAACUUCAAUGCGAAUGGCUUAAGUAUGAAUCUAAACUCCGAACUCUUGAUUCACUGAAGACAAAGCUGAUCAUAGAAGAUGAUUUCAAUUGGAAACUAAGCGGUGGAGGUGAAGAAGCAGAGGAAGAUUGCCGGGAAACAUUGAAAUAUGUGGGUGGAGUUGACUUGAGCUUCUCAAAGGAUGAUCCCUCAAUUGCAUGUGGUGCCCUUGUGGUGUUGGACCUCGACAACCUCAAUGUUGUCUAUGAGGAUUCCUUAAUUGUGAAGCUUGACGUGCCGUAUGUUCCUGGUUUCCUUGCUUUCAGAGAGGCUCCGGUACUUCUACAGCUAUUAGAGAAAAUGAAGAAGAGUGCACACCCAUUUUACCCUCAACUGUUGAUGGUUGAUGGGAACGGCUUACUUCACCCUCGAGGAGUUUUAAGUGAUAUUCCUUCGAUUGGGAUAGGAAAAAAUCUGCAUCAUGUUGAUGGUCUUACUACUGAAAAAGUAAGACAUCUACUCGAAGCUCAAGGAACAUCAAAUAAAGAUAUUUUCACUUUAACUGGGGACUCCGGAAGCACUUUGGGAGUGGCAAUGAGAUCUCAAGGCACAUUGAAACCCAUUUUCGUUUCAGUCGGUCACCGUAUUUCACUUACUACUGCUAUCAACAUUGUGAAGAUGACUUGCAAAUACCGCAUCCCAGAACCCACAAGGCAGGCUGAUAUGAGAUCAAAGUUGACGCUCGGAAUCUGUUCUAAACUGCAGUAG